AAGUAUGUGGGCAUUUUUCUCCAUUCCGAUUCCAAUCCUAUAUAAGAAAUCGCUUUGGCCGCCUCUCAUCACUCAUUUCCUGCACCAGCUAAACCCUAAUCUCUUUCUCUCUCUACUUUUCUCUCUCUAGAAUUUCAUGUUGCUCCAUCCAAGGUAGACGAAGGCUCGGGCUUAUUCGAUCGGUGAAAUUUAUCUGGAGCUUGUUGGUUCAUCUGCGGACUGCUAAUAUUUGAGUUGAAGUGUGCCAACAUUGAAGUUUCUUUUAUGUCCAAACAAGCCAUUCUUUAUUUGGGAUCAAUUGGGUUGCUUGGAGAGUACUGUCCGACGUCAAGGAAAAAGAACUCACUGUUUUCAGAUAGAAUAGACUGCAUGAAUAUCGGGUCAUUUCGGGAACACCCGGGGUCUUUUUAUUGUUGCAGCUGGGUGCAACCUUCCCUUAGUACACAGGAUCAAUCUAUUUGUGCCCAAGAACUCUUGGAAAACACCUACAUAUUGAAAUCCAGCAUUUCCUUCUUGUGAUAGCAAUUUUGUCUUGGAUCUUUCUGUACUGAAGCAAAAAUGGCUUUACAGAACAUAGGUGCCAGCAAUAGUGAUGAUGCCUUCUACAGGUACAAGAUGCCUAAGAUGAUUACCAAGAUAGAGGGCCGAGGAAAUGGCAUCAAGACAAAUGUUGUCAAUAUGGUUGAUAUUGCAAAGGCAUUGGCGAGGCCAGCUUCUUACACAACAAAGUAUUUUGGUUGUGAGCUUGGAGCCCAAUCUAAAUUCGACGAGAAAACUGGGGUUUCACUUGUUAAUGGGGCUCAUGACACUGCCAAACUUGCUGGUCUCCUCGAGAACUUCAUAAAGAAAUAUGUUCAAUGUUAUGGUUGUGGAAACCCUGAAACUGAGGUCUUAAUUACAAAAAGUCAGAUGAUCCAACUUAAAUGUGCUGCUUGUGGUUUUGUAUCGGAUGUGGACAUGAGAGACAAACUGACAACUUUCAUCUUGAAGAACCCACCUGAAACGAAGAAGGGGGCCAAGGACAAGAAGGCAAUGAGGAGGGCUGAGAAAGAGCGAUUGAAGGAAGGUGAGGCUGUUGAUGAGGAGCAGAAGAAGCUAAAGAAAGAGAAAGAGGUGAAGAAGAAGACUUCUACCAAGGAUGGUCCUAAAAAAGUCAUCUCUGCCAAGAAGAAAGCCAGUGGCUCUGAUGAGGAAGGCACUCCACCAGCUAUAAGCCACCAGGUUGAUGAGAAGGAAGAGGCUGAUGAGGAUGAAGAGGAUGAUGUUGAGUGGCAAGCUGACACAUCAAUGGAGGCUGCUCGCCUGCGGAUCCAAGAGCAACUGACAUCUGUUACAGCGGACAUGGUUAUGCUUUCCACAAAGGAGGCAGAGAAGAAGUCCAAGGCGAGCAUUAAAGCGAGUGACAGUCUAGAAAAUGCUCCGCCGCUUGAGGAGAAUUCCAAGAUUGAGAAUGGGGGCUCAACCCAUGAAAGGCUUGUGGAAGAGGUGAAAGCAAAUAUGAAGAAAGGUGUUACUGCAAGUCAAUUCCAGUCCAUUUUGGGAUCGCUUUCUGGAUCUCCUCAGGAAAUAAUGACUUCUUUUUUUGAGGCACUCUUUGAUUGUGUUGAGAAAGGGUUUACAAAAGAGGUGUCCAAGAAGAAAAGCUAUCUUGCUGCCGCUGUUGCUCAGGAUGAGAAAUCACAGUUGCUUCUGCUUAGAGCAAUGGAGGCUUUCUGUGUGAAGUCAAGCUCGGCUGCAUUGAAGGAAGUGGCUUUGAUUUUGAAAGCACUUUAUGAUGCUGAUGUGUUGGAGGAAGAGUACAUAGUACAGUGGUACAAGGAGGGACUGACAGGAGGCAACAAGGACUCUCUGAUCUGGAAGAAUUCAAAGCCUUUCAUUGAGUGGCUCCAGAGCGCGGAGUCGGAAACUGAAGAGGAGUGAUUGAUACGUUAGUGUCUUCAGUUACUUGUUUUGCAUUCAGUUUUCUGCGACCUUACUAUCUGUUUGUGUUUUGUCUGGUGUAGUAAAAGAGUCUAUUGGUAUAUUAUGCUUUCAGUUAAACAUAGAUUGCUUGAAAUAAGUAGCUCUUUGUGCAAAGGGCUAGUUUCUUGCAAUAUGUGGAACUAAAUCUGCUUAGAUUUUCUUCUUGUGGUCAUUGUUGAUGUGUCUGUCUGUCUGUCUCUCUCUCUGGGUUAAUCAAGUUUUUAUAUAAUGAAUGGCCUUUUUACUCC